CGUAAACUACUGGAUUCGAGUCUUGGAUUUGCUGCAGGUGUAAUGACGGCUGCAUCAUUUUGGUCGCUCCUGGCGCCAGCCAUCGCAAUGGCCGAGGAAUCAAAACUGUAUGGUGAAAACGGAGAGUAUUCCUUUAUCCCUGUCGGAAUUGGAUUCCUGCUCGGUGCUCUGUUCGUCUUCGGCGCCGACGUUCUGAUCACCCAUCUGGGCAUGCACUCUCCGAACAUGAUGCUAGCAUUGCAUUCGACGACUCGCAAAGAGAAAAACGAAGAUGUGAUGAAGAGGAACUCGCACAUAGCCACCGUCGAAGAGGCGACGGUGGACAUGUACGAGAGUGGUGGUGGUGGUGGUGUUGGUGGUGCAGCGCACCGACGACGAGUUUCCCAGACAUAUGAGGAAGGCUCGAACAUUGAGGAAAUUCAGCACGGCCAGUGGAAGAGGAUUAUGUUGCUGGUGAUCGCGAUCACCGUGCACAAUAUACCGGAAGGUCUGGCUGUCGGCGUCGGGUUCGGCGCUAUCGGAAGAACACCAUCCGCGACCCUAGAAAGCGCCAGGUGAGUCUUUUCAUCAUUU